AUGCAAUCGUUUCCAUCGGCAGCGAAAAGAAGAAGCUCAGCGGAAGGAGAAGUCGAACACACUCUCGCGUCGCUUCACCUCUCUUCAAGCCACCUCAGCGGCCAGAAACUAGCAAGCGCACGUCGCAUAACCUCACCCAGAUCAGGCCUAUUGGGCCGCCUCAUUACUUUGUCCGCAAAGACCGCCUCCAACCGCGGACCGUUCAUCUACCAAACUCUCAUUGGGCCCACCACCGCCCAUCCACUUACACGCAGGCCAAUAAUUGCAAUGAGGGCCAACCUCUACCGUCUACUGCCCAUCUUGCGGCAGAUCUUUCAUCAAGCAACUCGCGACCCACUUCGCCUUCAUCUCCGCCAGCUUCUUCAAGCCCAAGUCGCUGCCCUUCAAACCUCUUCAAAAAGAAUGCUACCGUCGGGAUUCGAACCCGCACCAGUACUCAAUGUACAGACACUCUGA